AACAAACAAACGCUCCACUUGGUAUACCAUCGACAUUUUCAUUUUACCUCACACACGUACUCAGUACUGCACCCGCACUUCCCCCCCUCCUAAUUUUUCCACCUAAAAAUUUCGGUUUCUGAAUCCUACCACCCGCGUCUCAUCUUCCCCUCCUGCUGAACUGAUGAAUGAAUUUAUAACUGACAGGAUCAUAUCGUAUCAUCUCAUAUCAUAGGGAAAAAAAAAAGCAGCUUCCUUAGCUUCAGCUUUCAUCUUAACCAAAUUAUUAAUUACACAGACAAAACUGAAAAUGUCACGAGUAUUCACUGAAGAUCUGUGCCCGAUCGUCUCAUCUAUUCUAUACGCAUAUUUCCAGAUUAAAUGUUAAAUCGAUUCUUCCGUUAUCCGUCCCCGAUCGUCUUCGUUUUACUGUUUUCGAGAAGAUCAAAAGAGAUACUAGGGAGAUUACGUGGCAUGUGAUUUGCAUGGGGUGAUGAUGCCAGAGCUGCGAAGCGGAGCACGCAGAUCGAAAAGGCUUGGUGAUCUUCAGCCCACUCCUCAACCAGUUGAUCAGGUAGAAAAUUGGCUCUUGCCUUCUCAAAACAAAACCAGGAGGAGAAUAGGCGGAGGAAGAGGAAGGGGUGGUAAUGCCCCAUUAGCAAAAGGGCCUUCAGUAGCAAAACCUGUGAGACCAACUGAGGGUGGUAGAGGAAGAGGGAUUAGGUUGAUAGAUCUUGAACCGGAGCCUCCUUGUGAGGUUCGUCCUGAAGCUGUUGCUAUAGGGGUCAGAGAAACAGUUCUAAAUAGAGCAGGGGUUGCAGAUAUUGCGAUGGAGGGUGGAAGCGCGGACAAAAUGAUGGGGGUCGAAGAAGAAGCAAGCACAACUCCUGUACCUGAGAGGGUGCAAGUGGGCAACUCUCCUUCAUACAAAAUAGAAAGGAAGUUGGGUAAGGGUGGUUUUGGCCAAGUUUAUGUUGGCAGGAGGGUAAGUGGUGGCAAUCCCGCCGAGAGAACAGGACCAGAUGCACUUGAGGUUGCUGUGAAGUUCGAGCACCGGAAUAGCAAGGGCUGCAAUUAUGGGCCUCCUUAUGAGUGGCAAGUGUACAACACACUGAAUGGAUGUUAUGGGAUUCCAUCAGUUCACUACAAGGGCCGUCAAGGAGAUUUUUACAUUCUGGUCAUGGACAUGCUUGGGCCUAGCCUUUGGGAUGUAUGGAAUUCUUUAGGCCAAUCGAUGUCACCAAACAUGGUUGCUUGCAUUGCGGUGGAGGCAAUAUCAAUUCUUGAAAAGCUUCACUUGAAGGGGUUUGUGCAUGGAGAUGUGAAGCCAGAGAAUUUUUUGCUCGGUCAACCUUCAACGCCCGAUGAGAAGAAGCUAUAUCUUAUCGAUCUUGGUUUGGCAUCUAGAUGGAAGGAUGCGUCAUCCAGUCAGCAUGUUGAAUAUGAUCAGCGGCCUGAUAUAUUCAGGGGCACAAUAAGAUAUGCAAGUGUCCAUGCACAUUUAGGUCGUACAGGAAGCAGAAGGGACGAUCUGGAGUCAUUAGCAUACACAUUGAUAUUUCUCAUCAAAGGAAGACUACCAUGGCAAGGCUAUCAGGGAGACAACAAAAGUUUUCUUGUUUGUAAGAAGAAAAUGGGAACUUCUCCAGAAUUGAUGUGUUGCUUUUGUCCUCCACCAUUCAAACAGUUCCUUGAGGCCGUCACAAAUAUGAAAUUUGAUGAGGAACCAAAUUACUCCAAGCUGAUAUCCUUUUUUGAAAGCCUGAUUGAACCAUGCACAUCGCUAAGACCAAUUAGAAUCGAUGGCGCCCUCAAGGUCGGGCAAAAGCGUGGAAGAUUGCUUAUAAAUUUGGAAGAUGAUGAGCAACCCAAGAAGAAAGUGCGUCUGGGUAGUCCUGCUACUCAAUGGGUAUCAGUCUACAAUGCCCGCCGUCCCAUGAAGCAGAGAUAUCACUACAAUGUCUCUGACUCAAGGCUGAGCCAACAUGUUGAGAAGGGCAAUGAAGAUGGAUUAUAUAUUAGCUGUGUGGCUUCUGCAGUAAAUCUUUGGGCCUUAAUCAUGGAUGCGGGAACUGGUUUCUGUUCCCAGGUUUAUGAACUUUCAGCUGUGUUCCUGCACAAGGAUUGGAUUAUGGAACAGUGGGAAAAGAAUUACUACAUCAGCUCUAUAGCUGGUGCUGCUAAUGGGAGUUCAUUGGUUGUUAUGUCGAAAGGAACUCCUUACACACAACAGUCCUACAAAGUGAGUGAAUCUUUUCCUUUCAAGUGGAUUAAUAAAAAGUGGAAAGAAGGUUUUCAUGUGACCUCCAUGACUACUGCUGGGAAUCGUUGGGGUGUGGUAAUGUCAAGGAACUCAGGAUAUUCAGAACAGGUAGUGGAGCUUGACUUUUUGUACCCCAGUGAAGGAAUACACAGGCGGUGGGAGAGUGGUUACAGGAUAACUUCCAUGGCUGCUACUGCUGAUCAAGCAGCUUUCAUUUUGAGUAUACCAAAGCGUAAAAUGAUGGACGAGACUCAAGAAACUCUACGCACCUCUGCCUUCCCAAGCACCCAUGUAAAGGAAAAAUGGUCCAAAAAUCUCUACAUUGCAUCAAUAUGUUGUGGUCGUACUGUUUGUUGACGGGCAAGGGAGUCUGUUUUUUCUACCCUUACUCAAAGAUGGGAUGUCGAAUUUGGUAGCCGGGGAGUGUUUGACUUGAUCCAGGUUAGCCUUGUCUUGUGAUCAAAAGAAACUCCAGGUUUCUGAUGUUAACUAUUGUACUCUGUUGCUUGUGUAACGGGAAAACAAGGAGAGAGAGAGAGAGAGAGAGAGAGAGAGAGAGAGAGAGAGAGAGAGAGAGAGAGAGAGAGAGAGAGAGAGAGAGAGAGAGAGAGAGAGAGAGAGAGUAGUAUAUACCAAAAGGACUUGAUUAUAUUUUGUUGGCAACCUAGCAAUUGCAGCCAAAGUUGUGGUUCAUAGUUGCUGUUGUACUUGUGAAUUUUAUUUAAUGUGAAGCAAGUGCUGUGUAAUUUAAAUUUA